UGCUUCGCGCCAGUCGGCUAAGAGCAGCAGUAGCGUUAAGAAGUGCUUCACGUGUGAAAGAUCACCAAUAGCAUUACGUGAUCAUCUCAGAGGGAAAACAUGCUGGACUUAUCGCACAAUUCCGUGAUUAACAAUAUCAUUUUAAUUAUUUAAUAGACACCGCGAUACAAGCGAGUUUUAGUGGCAGUUUUCUUUCGCAUUUACUUAAUUAAUACAACAGGUGUGCGUGUGUGAUCUCAACGAAUUUUUUCUCAAAUGAGCCUUUAAAACAUUUCCAUAUUUCCUAAAAGUUGUUUUUUUGUGAUUUAAAUUAUUUUCCCGCAGAAAGGAUAAAAGAAAGGAAAGUUUUAAGAAACUGAUUGUUAGUGAAAUAAAAAAUUAUUCUGUGAGCAAAUGGAUAUUAUUGCAAUAAAAUUCUGUGCAUUUAUGUUUAAAACUGGAUUAGUAAUUAAUAAAUAAGACAUUCUAGCUGUGCUUGUUCUUUUGGAUUUAUCAUAAAUUGGAAAACUUUCUCGUGUUUUCCAAAUAUGACUAGUUUUUAUCAAAUUCUUUCACAUUCUGAGAGCAUCCUGAGUUGAACCUUCGUCCAAUUGCAAAAAAAAAAAAUCUUCAGCAUCAGCAUCGGAUUCUGCAAAAUUCCCUUCAAGAUGUUUACCAGAUUUGACGCCAACAAAUCAACGAAAGGUGCCUCCAAGCUUCGCAGGGAUCUCAUAAAUGCAGAGAUUGCCAACUUGCGGGAUCUCCUCCCAUUACCUCAGUCCACGAGACAAAGAUUGUCGCAGCUGCAGCUCAUGGCACUGGUCUGUGUGUAUGUCCGAAAAGCCAAUUAUUUUCAACAAGUGUUCAAGAGACACGAUAUUUCACAUCAUCAAGCUCCAACGCCAAAUAUAGGAUUUUCUAAGGCUUUAUCUGGCUUUUUAAUGAUGUUAACACAAAAUGGUAAAUUGCUGUACAUAUCUGACAAUGCUGCGGAAUAUUUAGGACAUUCCAUGGAAGAUCUUCUCAUUCACGGCGAUUCUGUCUAUGACAUAAUCGAUAAGCAAGACCAUGGAUCUAUUCAGGCCGAGUUGGGGCGCAGCGUGCCAGCACAGCAGACUGGAUCUCAUCACCCAGCAUCGCCCUCGCAUCUCGAGGGUGAGCAACGUAUGUUCCUAUGUCGUAUGAAUGUUAGUCGCAAUGCUAGGCGCCAAAUGCGAUUUGGCGAUCAAAAGGUGGUUUUAGUUCAGGGCCAUUAUUUGUCGUUCCUGCCGCUGUGUAGUCGAAAUGAGCCAGUCUUUUUGGCCACAUGCACACCCAUUGCCAUGCCAGAGACCAGAGAAUGUGUCGUUCAGGGAGCCACAAAUGUCUUCACCACCAUCCACUCCAUGGACAUGAAAAUUGUCCUCAUAGAUAAGAAUGGGGAAUUCCAUUUAGGCUACAAUAGAUCGGAACUUCAGGGUAUAUCGUGGUAUCAUCUCCUACAUUGGGAUAGCACGAGAGAGGCACAGGCUAAGCAUAGGCUAAUAACACAAUCAGAACAAGAUCGUUCUGGAAUUCUUCUAGUGCAAAUGCAGAGGCGAUCAGGAGACUUUAUAUGGGUCCACUGUGUACUACAGGUGCGCGAUGGGCAGGAUUCUAAUCAGCAACCAGUCAUAGUUUGUACAAAUCAGGUUUUAAGCGAUCGUGAGGCUUCAGUGAUGCUGGCAAAUUCAUGGCUCUAUCACUACUACUCCGUGCAGUCGAAGAUUCAGUUUGGAUUGCCAUUCGAAGGACCGCCGCGGGUACCGUCAACAACGCCAUACUACCACCAUCCACCACCCACAAUUCAGCCGACGCUCACGCACCACUCCUCACCGCACCACGUACCCUAUGGCUACCAUUCGCCAAUUGGGGUAGGUCCGCAUCAGGGUUCACCAUCAGUCAUAAGUCACCACCACAAUGGUGCCCCACCGAGUCACCAUCAAACCCCGCCGGGUCUUCCUGGGGACUACUACAAAACCUACACCUACCACCGCUUUGACACUCAACCCGUUGACUACAGCCAAGCCACACCGCCCGCCGAAAUUCGUUGCAGCAGUCGCGGCAGUGCAAGCCAUCGUUCCAGUACACCGCCGAGCAAACGAAGGGCCAUUGGGCGCCUUGAGCCUCUCUACAUUCCCGACGAGGACUCCCCCGAGAGCACAAUGAUGGAGCUCCAGAGCCAUGGGGGUGCAGAGAAUGGCUUUACAGGUCAGACGGUUAUUCUCAGCACGUCCGCAAUCCCGAGGCCGAGAUUGUUCACAAAAGCCCCACCAGUGGACUCACCGGACUUCAUGGAACAGUGGAAUCCGAGUCCACCGUGGUCGGAAACAGCCCAAAAAGUACCCGACAUUGCACACCAAGAACUGAGUCCCUAUCUCACGACGACACCGCCGACGCCAACGAGCGCAACGGCACCACCCCAUAGCCAUACGUUUAGCUUCGACUGGGUACCGGAGCAAUUUGUGCCAGUUGACUGUGGGAUUGCUGUGCCUGUGCCGCUGGCCGUACCACUGCAGAUCGCCCAUUGGCCAUCAGAUCAUUCGCACCUGUUGCCCAUGCAGCCACCCGAAAGAAAAGAAGACAACGACACCAAUGCAGAUUCACGGAAACAACGACGAUCUUCGUGAUCUCCCCUUGAGGAAAAAUUAAGUAUCUCCGUCCAGUAACAGGUCCUCCCGUUGUGGACUUGCAUAUCAACAGAAUAGUCUUCCAGGGACUUUAAAAUCAUACGAAAGAUAAUAUUUUUUAAGUAGAUAGUCUCUUUCUUUUUUUUCUAUUAAAAAAAAUGUGAAAUGGAAACUUUGAGAGAAUGACUAGUUCGUGUGCAAUUUAUGAUUGCAAUAAAUUAUUUAUUAUAUUCGCGUGUUAUCAAUUAAUUCAUUGAAAAAAUAAAUAAACUGAUUGUGCAAAAGUAGAGCAAUAAAAUUGUGUAUAUUUUUACAUUCUUGUGGUUUCCAUGUUCCUAAAGGACAUUAUGCAUAAGUUUUAUGUAUUUUUUUCCAAAAAAUAAAAAUAAAACUCUAAAAGUGUAGUUAAUUUUAGUAAAUGAAAUUUUUAUUUCUCUGAAAAAUUUAUUGCACUUGAGAGUGCAUUUUUGUCAGUAUACAUUGCUAAAUCGUGACACAACUCAUGUUUUUUUAUUAAUAUCAUUGGAACAUAUUUCAGAAAUAUUUCUUAAUAGUGUAAUAAUGUAUUGCAAUUUUUGUACAUGGAAAUAUACAUAUAAAAGAUAAAAGUAAAAUAUAAUUUAUGAAGAAGAAAA